UCCUAUCUUCCCACCGCAGCUGAGAAAACACUUCUAAGAGGUACCGCUAAAAGGUGGAGGACUGAUAGACAACUUAGAGGUUGGUUUCGGGAACGAUAAAAUAAGCAAUGGGCUGCCCGGCCUGCGCCGCGGAGUCCCGAGGAGCCUGAGCUGUGCUCCUCGCGCGGUGUCUCGUCAUCUCCGGGAAGACUCGGCGCCUGGGUCCGCGCUCUCUGGGUAAGCCUCCCGGGAAGCUUUCCCGGGAGCUCGCUGGUCCUGGCCCCAGAAGCCUGCGGACCCACCCAGGGAGGAUAAGCAGCUGAAAGGCCGCGCGGUGCCGCUCCGAGGCCGGGACGUGGGCCCAUAGUCGGCCUGGCGCCACCUUUCCGGGGGAAGCCACGCGCACCCGGCAUCGCACGCGGCUCUGCACCCGCGCCGCCGGACCUGAAACCCAGCGGAGGGCACACGGGGCUGUCGCUGCGGGAUCCGGACCAACCCACGCUUACUCCGGAGCCUGUACCGGCGCCGACGGGUCGGACCUCCCUGCGCGGAGUCGCCGCGCGCGUAUGUGCGAAAGGCGGGGCCGACUACACGCGGUGCUGCGCCCUGCGACCGGUUAUCUGCAGUCAACGCAGCCUCCCGGCUCAGCCUGGGACGAUGCGCGAAUCGGGAACCGCAGAGCGCGGUGGCUAGACCAGGCUCCGCCGCCUCCCCCACAGCCCCUUUCCCAGUCGUUCAGACGGAGCCUGGUCGACUUCGCCGGAGACUGCCAGAUCUCGUUCCUCUUCCCUGUGUCAUCUUCUUAAUUAUAAAUAAUGGGGGAUGAAGAUAAAAGAAUUACAUAUGAAGAUUCAGAACCAUCCACAGGAAUGAAUCACAUGCCCUCCAUGCAUCAAGAAACCCAGGAGGAGACAGUUAUGAAGCUCAAAGGUAUAGAUGCAAAUGAACCAACAGAAGGAAGUAUUCUUUUGAAAAGCAGUGAAAAAAAGCUACAAGAAACACCAACUGAAGCAAAUCACGUACAAAGGCUGAGACAAAUGCUGGCUUGCCCUCCACAUGGUUUACUGGACAGGGUCAUAACAAAUGUUACCGUCAUUGUUCUUCUGUGGGCUGUAGUUUGGUCAAUUACUGGCAGUGAAUGUCUUCCUGGAGGAAACCUAUUUGGAAUUAUAAUCCUAUUCUAUUGUGCCAUCAUUGGAGGUAAACUUUUGGGGCUUAUUAAGUUACCUACAUUGCCUCCACUGCCUUCUCUUCUUGGCAUGCUGCUUGCAGGGUUUCUCAUCAGAAAUAUCCCAGUCAUCAACGAUAAUGUGCAGAUCAAGCACAAGUGGUCUUCCUCUUUGAGAAGCAUAGCCCUGUCUAUCAUCCUGGUUCGUGCUGGCCUUGGUCUGGAUUCAAAGGCCCUGAAGAAGUUAAAGGGCGUUUGUGUAAGACUGUCCAUGGGUCCCUGUAUUGUGGAGGCGUGCACAUCUGCUCUUCUUGGCCAUUACCUGCUGGGUUUACCAUGGCAAUGGGGAUUUAUACUGGGUUUUGUUUUAGGUGCUGUAUCUCCAGCUGUUGUGGUGCCUUCAAUGCUCCUUUUGCAGGGAGGAGGCUAUGGUGUUGAGAAGGGUGUCCCAACCUUGCUCAUGGCAGCUGGCAGCUUCGAUGACAUUCUGGCCAUCACUGGCUUCAACACAUGUUUGGGCAUAGCCUUUUCCACAGGCUCUACUGUCUUUAAUGUCCUCAGAGGAGUUUUGGAGGUGGUAAUUGGUGUGGCAACUGGAUCUGUUCUUGGAUUUUUCAUUCAGUACUUUCCAAGCCGUGACCAGGACAAACUUGUGUGUAAGAGAACAUUCCUUGUGUUGGGGUUGUCUGUGCUAGCUGUGUUCAGCAGUGUGCAUUUUGGUUUCCCUGGAUCAGGAGGACUGUGCACGUUGGUCAUGGCUUUCCUUGCAGGCAUGGGAUGGACCAGCGAAAAGGCAGAGGUUGAAAAGAUAAUUGCAGUUGCCUGGGACAUUUUUCAGCCCCUUCUUUUUGGACUAAUUGGAGCAGAGGUAUCUAUUGCAUCUCUCAGACCAGAAACUGUAGGCCUUUGUGUUGCCACCGUAGGCAUUGCAGUAUUGAUACGAAUUUUGACUACAUUUCUGAUGGUGUGUUUUGCUGGUUUUAACUUAAAAGAAAAGAUAUUUAUUUCUUUUGCAUGGCUUCCAAAGGCCACAGUUCAGGCUGCAAUAGGAUCUGUGGCUUUGGACACAGCAAGGUCACAUGGAGAGAAACAAUUAGAAGACUAUGGAAUGGAUGUGUUGACAGUGGCAUUUUUGUCCAUCCUCAUCACAGCCCCAAUUGGAAGUCUGCUUAUUGGUUUACUGGGCCCCAGGCUUCUGCAGAAAGUUGAACAUCAAAAUGAAGAUGAAAAAGUUCAAGGAGAGACUUCUGUGCAAGUUUGAGGCUCUAAAAGUAGAUGCAUCGAAAAAAUACUUACCGAAAGCUUUUGAGAUCCAGGCACAUCAUCAAGAAUAAUAUUGUCCCUGUCCUUAAGGAUUUAACAGUCCAAUAGAGACGACAGACAAAUAAGAGAAUGCAAAACAAUAUGAUAAGUGCUAUUAUGCAGGAGCUACAGGGCUGCUAGGGAGCGCAUGGCAGGAGCACUCAAUCAAUCCAAGGGUGGUGGAGUUUAGGCACAGCUUCCCAGAGAAAGUAGGGCAUUGGCUGAGGGAAGAUUAGGACUUAGCCAGCAAAAGGGAUGUGAGACCAAAAAGUGUUACACUUCAUGCUGUUUCCCAGGUAAUCAGUGGCAUUUUCUCCAAGUAACAGGCUUGGAAUAUUUAUUAACUUAUACAUAAUACAGUUAGUAUAACUAAAUCAGAAUGCUAUUGAAUAUGUUUAGGGCCCCUAGGAAAAUUAGAAAUGGAAGUCCACAGAGUAUAGAAAUGAUUGAAGGGCACCUCAAGCCACUGCCAAUACCUGUUUCAUUUUGCAAGUCAUGCAGCAAACUCUUUUCUACCUCUAAGAGGGCAGCCACCAUCUAAAUCUCUGUGACUGCCCAGUGCUGGUUUUUUGACUUCCUCUAUCGGAUCUCUGAAAUUUGUGCCUAUUCCUGGAAGCUCUUUAUAGGAAUUUAUUAAUUGCUAUAAGACUAUGUUGCUGUUAUAUAUCAUGGAGAUGGUGAGGUUAAGAAUGACAGAGGCUGACCAUUCAGCAGGGGGUUUGUCACCACAUUGAAAGCCACAUCUCUUGACUUGGUUGGUGAACUUAGGGUUAACCCGAUAGAGUACUGACCAACCCAACCUAUCCCCACUUAAACCACAGAUAGAAACAAUUACUCUAACUUUUGGGUCCCUUAUACAUACUUAUGUCAGAGCACAUAUAACACUUUUUUUCAGUUUAUUUACAUGUUUGUCUCUUAUUAAAUCAGCUCCCUAUGGGUAGGAAACUUGUCUUAAUUAUCCUUGAAUCCUCAGCAUUUUUCACAGGGCAUGGAACACAGUAGACAUUUAAUAAACAUUUACUGACUAAAUCUGAGAGGAGGAGGAUCCUCUCUCAAUAUCAGAAAACUACUUGCCACACGACAGUUUGGAUCUUAGUCCGCUUAGUCUAUCUUAGUCAGCUUGGGCUGCUAUAAUAAAAUACCAUACACUGGGUGGCUUACACAACAGAAACUUACUUCUAUUAAAGGUUGGAUGUUUGAGAUCAGGAUGCCAGCAUUGUUGGACUCUGGUGAAGUCUCUCUCCCUGGCUUGCCAAUGGCCACCUUCUCACUGUGUCAUCACAUGACACCGAGAGAGAGCAAGCAAGCUCUCUGGUGUCUCUUCUUAUAAGGGUACUCUAAUCACAGCAUGAGGGCCCAACCCUCAUGACCUCAUCCAAAUCUAAUUGCCUUCCCAAAUCCUCAUAUCCAAAUACAUCACAUUGGAAGUUGGGGCUUCAACAUAUGAAUUUGUGAGGAAGGACAUAAUUCAGUCCCUGAAAGAAGUGUCAUAUUUCCAAGGACAGUAUUUUUCUCUCUGGUAUUAACUCCCAGUCACCUUGAUUGACCUUGAUGUCCUCAAAAUUUCCUCAGGUAUACAUUUGCAAAUGAUCUCAACCACUACAUUCUUUAAAAAUAGUAUUUUUUUCUGAUUAUAAAGUAACACAUUUUCAUUGCAGAAAAUUUAGAACACAGAAAAAUACAAACAAGAAAACUGAAACUAAUAUAAACAUCUAUUUUAUUUUUCUUUAAAAUUGUACUGCAGUUUUGGGGGAUGUGUUAUUUUCAGAAAGAUAUAUCAUCAACUGAAUUUGUUGGGUGAAAGGCAACAUAAGUAUUUCAUAUUUGACUUUUAUGAUGCUAUGUAGAUUGAAGAAUUUUGUUGUGUAUAAUGAAUGCUAAGCCUUCAUGUUUAUAUUCAGAUAUUCAUUUUGCAAUGAAUAAAACAGACAUAUCCCUGCCUUCAUGGGGCUUAUU